UCCGAGUCUGGUGCGCAAGCGUACAGUGCAGUUAGGCGACAUGGCGACGAACGGAAUGGAGGUGGAACCGGCUGCAACACCUGGUGUGAUGGCCUCUGGAGUGACAGGAAGUGUCUCGGUGGCAUUACAUCCGUUAGUUAUUCUCAACAUCUCCGAUCACUGGAUUCGGAUGCGCUCUCAGGAGGGGAGGCCUGUUCAGGUAAUUGGUGCAUUGAUUGGAAAACAAGAAGGAAGAAACAUUGAAGUGAUGAACUCAUUUGAGCUUCUGUCACACACAGUGGAGGAAAAGAUAGUUAUUGAUAAAGAAUAUUACUACACUAAAGAGGAACAAUUUAAGCAAGUGUUCAAGGACAUGGAAUUCCUAGGCUGGUAUACCACCGGGGGUCCUCCAGAUGAGUCUGAUAUCCAUGUUCACAAGCAGGUGUGUGAAAUUAUUGAAAGCCCUCUCUUCCUGAAGUUAAACCCCAUGACAAAACACACUGAUCUUCCAGUUAGUGUUUAUGAGUCGGUCAUCGAUAUCAUCGCUGGAGAGGCCACGGUGCUGUUUGCUGAGCUGACUUACACACUUGCCACCGAGGAAGCCGAGCGCAUCGGGGUGGAUCACGUAGCACGGAUGACGGCAACCGGCACAGGGGAGAGCUCCACAGUGGCUGAACAUCUCAUUGCUCAGCACAGUGCCAUCAAAAUGCUGCAUAGUCGAGUCCGUGUCAUCCUGGAGUACGUCAAAGCUGUGGAGUCAGGUGAAGUGCCAUUUAACCAUGAAAUUCUGCGAGAGGCCUAUGCUUUGUGUCACCGGCUGCCAGUCCUCAGCACAGACAAAUUCAAGACAGACUUCUAUGAUCAAUGUAAUGACGUGGGAUUGAUGGCUUACCUGGGCACCAUUACCAAAACCUGCAACACCAUGAACCAGUUUGUGAACAAGUUCAACAUUCUGUACGACCGCCAGGGCAUUGGCCGCCGAAUGCGAGGUCUCUUCUUCUGAUUUGCUGAGCAGGGCUGGACCCCCAGAACUAUUGUUGGGAUUGUUUGACAGCUGAACGUGACUGUAUCCAGUGGAGAUUCCCCGCCGCGUCUCCAAGCCCCUCCUGUACUCCCACCCCCUCCGGGAUGUUAGAGUUGGGAUUAUACCCCUGACUGCCUGAUGCUAUUUGCCAGGUUUUGCCCUCUCUGGGCUUACUGCUUUCCUGUCGGUGGUUACUGAAACCUGACAUUGUGUUUGUACUGUGAGUCUGUGUGUCUGAUGUUACCCCUGGGAAGCGGGAUUGCAGACAAGUGUGACACAGCCAGGCCCCAUGCAGGAGAAAUAAAGUUUCAAAAGUUG